CUAAUAAAAGUUCAGUUAGUAUCUAUCAUUAUUUUUUGGCUUUCGUAUGGAUAAGAGAAUAACUCCGCUCCUGUUCAGUGCUCUGGUGAGGAUGUUAGAGCCGUCUUCUAAAGUUUCCCGAGUAACUAAUCAAAGAGCCAAAAUCAGACAUUUCAGGUUCUGUGGGGUUCUGGCAGUGAAAAGAGCCAUCCUGUCUCUUCAACCCGCCGCCCCCAUCAGUACCCCCCCGAGCCGCACCUUCAUCCACCUGGUUGCUCCCGUCAGCACCCGCAGGAUGGAGUACACAGAGAGCCGGAAGGUCAGGUUCACUCCUCAGCAGAUAUUCAGCGUGGUGGCCAGCGUGGACCAGUAUCAGCACUUUGUUCCCUGGUGCAAAAAGUCUCAGGUCAUAAAAGGACACCACGGGGAUGUUCAGGCAGAACUGGAAAUGGGCUUUCCCCCGUUUGUGGAGCGCUAUACAUCUCUGCUCACCUUCAUCCCAAACCGUCAAGUCAGGGCCGUGUGUGCCGACGGGUCGCUCUUUAGCCAUCUUGAAACGAUUUGGAAGUUCACCCCUGCAGCUGGAGACCAGCAAGGAUCCUGCCAGGUGGAUUUCUAUAUGUCCUUUGAGUUUAAAUCUCUCCUGCACUCUCAGCUGGCCUCUGUGUUCUUCAAUGAAGUUCUGAAGCAGAUGGUUCGAGCCUUUGAGUCUCGUUUGGAAGCUCUUCACAGCAGCCACCAGGUGGCAGAAAAGAGUACGCAGAGAGAUUCAGAUUUAUGACCUGGAGCCACACCCACUCAGCCCUUCAAACCACUUAAUAAAUAUGGAUCCCUGAGGGGGCCUCACCCACAGUUUGGGAACCACUGCUUGAAGCAAAACCAACCGGCAUCUUCUAAGUGAAAAUCCUGCCUUGCUGCCAACACAGGGACUGGGUGUACUUUGUUUUUGUACUGGCUCAUCAUUCACUAAGUUAUUUAUUUGUGAGCCACAAGCUAAUUUAUUGUCUUUAUUGUACAUAUACAUAUUUAUUUGAGAAAUAAAGGUGUAAUUUUUAAAGAUAUAUUUAUAUUAUAAUAACAAAUUGUGGUGUUAAUGUACAGACAGGUGAAUCCUGUGUGAUACACAAACUUGUACAGAUGUUUGUUUGUUGUCCACAUCUGUAGUCACUGAAAUUAAAAAGAUCUUUUAUUU